GGUCAUAUCAGCAGCUGGGAAGCCAGUUCGCAUUCAGCAAGCAACGCGAGAAGUUCUCGAAAGGAAUAUAUCAAUUUGAAAAGUUUUAAAAGGAUUUAAUAAAUAACUUCAAAAUGCCGCAUCCCGAAGAUCGUCUGUUUGGAAUCCACUUUGGCCUGAAUUUGGGUGGAGGUGGACAUCAUCACCACCAUCACACGCCGCCUCCGGUGCACCACCAUCACCACCACGGACCUCCAAUGCACCAUUACGGACCCCCGCCGCACCAUCACCACCACUACGGACCCCCACCACCGCCGCCCCACUACGACCAUCAUUAUCAUCACCACGGCAGCCACUUUGACCAUCAUCAUGGUCCUGCCCAUGGACAUCAUCACCACCAUUGCUAGUCCAAACCGGAAGGCAGGGUUUAAAAACCACAGCACUCUGGCGGAGAAAUGGCGAAAAUAGUUAUAAACGAAUUUAAUUUAUUACAAAACUAAAAAAAAGUAUUAAAAAUACAAAAAAUAUAUAUGUAAGUGCUUUCUGCACACCAAAAAUAUCUAUACUGCGCACUUUGUUAACAAAUGACGAUACGAUAAAGUUUAAAAUAAGAACUUAUCUUAUCUUGAUUGACAUGACACAAAGAAUUCAGAAAAACAUAUAAUACGUAUAAAGCUAUUUAUGAAAUACGUAUUUCAAAGCCAAAAGGAAUGAGGAAUCAUUUUAGAACUUAAUAAUUCAAGAAAUUCUAAGCCAAUAAGAAGAUUAAUUGCAACCACAAACACGAAACAAUACCACCCACGAAAACAAUUUGGUAAGCCGAUAUAAAUACAA